UCACUCCUCCUUAAUCCCUCAUUAUCUCUAAAAACUCUCCCAUCUCUCUCGGUAUCUGUUAAUUCCACAAAUACCCUCUCAAUCACCCCUCCCUCGAUAUCACUCAUUGGAACAAAGGCGAGCGCGAUUUCAAUUCGCCCCACCCCAACUCGUCCCAAUGAACAAAACUCUCGAUUUGUCCCAAAGAAACUAAAAUACCCAAUUAGUCUUAUGUCAAUUCGUCUUGAAUCGCCAGUUUUAUUAAAAUUUCUCUAACCUUUUUGAAUUCUACCAAAAUUGUUAAAUCCUAAUCCUUUUAUUUUUAAUUUAUGAAUUUUAGCGAAAAUAUUUUUUAAUUAUGAGAUAAUUAUUUUUCUACUUUUCACUUAUUAAACAAUAAUUAACUUUUGUUAUUUUUAUUUAAUUAUUUCUUUUAUAUGCUUGAAAUUGUUGAUUUACACGAAUACAGGGCUUUCUGUUUUAGAGGUGAAGGGCGUUGUAAUAUUGUUAUUAGUGCAAAAGGGAGGACAAAUAAUUUAAGAUGUGACAUAAUAAAUAAAUAUAUGGAACAAUUUAUUUCUCCUUUUCUUGAUGAUAAUUAUUUAAUUAAAGCCAAACUUGUAAAUAUUAAUUCUGAUGAAUUACAUCAUUUAGCUAAGAUUCCUUCUCUUCCAAAAAAUCACAAAAUUGAAGAUUUUAAUGAAUUAAUUUCUACUUAUCCAACUAAUUCUUCUCGUUUUCCUCACAAAUCCCAUAAUUGUUCGAGAACAAUUCUUGCCCUUGAAAUGCCUGAUGCUACUCGAAUACCCCGGUUUUUUCAAAGUCAUCCAGGCGUUGAUGUACCUUUUUGUAACAAUUGCAUACUGCAGAUAGAAAAAUGGAAGUCUGCAAGUUUUUCUUCAAUGUAUGAUUACUGCCCUUUGGCACUUUACAGCGGUGAACGCUCAAAAAUGGAAUAUGCUCUUGCCUCCUUAAUUUAUGACCCUCAUAGAAAUCUUCGAAUUUUUGUUGAUGGAAAUUCUGUUCAUGAUGAUUCUGAUUCUCCAAAAAAUUUUGAUGAAAAAAUUCUUUCUGACUUAAUCUUUCCUGGCACUCCAAAUGCAAAUAUUCAAAUAUUUAUUAAAAUUGUAACUUGCAUUCUUGCCGGUGUCAACGAUGACCAAAAACCAUUUUCUCUUCAACAAAGCAGCGUUCUUUUUGAUUUGCUCAAAGCCCAAAAAAUUGAUAAUAUUGGAAUUGUUCGUGCUUAUGAGCUUUAUAAAAGUCUUCCACAAAAUAUACAGAGAGAAUUGCAGAAAAAAUCAAAUCUUUUGGGACGGGGACUUGACUUUUUAUCCAAAGGGGAUGCACGUUCUCUUGUUGAAAGAUAUUUACUUGCCGCAACAAUGAAAGAUUGUUCCUUAAUGAUAAGUAUUCGACUUGUUGACAAAAUUGGAGAAAAUAUAGUUAGGACUGUUGGGGGAGGUUCUGGAUUUGUAAGUGUUCGUGCUUUGGAUGGUCAAUCACUUUAUUUUGCUUUUUCUGUACGUAUUGUUGAUUUGGAUCCAAAAACUGGAAAAAAUCUAGAAAGUGCCUAUAGCCGUUUUAUGGCAGGUAUUGGACUAAUUAAAUCACAUCCAAAUGUUCACCGUCCUUGUAUCACUUAUUAA